AUGAUCGAUGGUGACUCACGGGGAGCGAAACUCGAAACACUGAUCAACAAUGAUCUGCACGAUUUUUUCCAACCGAACCGAUCCGGCGGAUUCGGGCUGAAGAAAGCGAUCGUUCUGAGCUGCCUGGUGGCGGCGGCCCUCUGCUCGUCCGAUUUGGAGACAGCCGAAUCGGGAUGGAGCGGCUGGAGCGGUGGUGGUGGCGGCGGCGGUCACGGUAGCGGUGGAGGCAAGGUGAUCAUCGUGACGUCCGGCGGUGGAGGUGGCCACGGCGGUGGUUGGAGCAGCGGCGGCGGAGGCUACGGUGGACGCAGCCUGGGCGGUGGCGGCGGAUGGUCCAGCGGGGGUGGCCUGAGCAAGGGCUGGUCCGGCGGCGGCGGUGGACUCGGCGGCGGCUACUCCAAGGGUUGGCCAAGCAGCUUCGGAGGUUCCGUCGGCAAGGGAUGGUCUAGCGGUGGCGGCUCGUACGGAGGCGGCUACGGAGGUGGGGUCAGCAGUGGAUGGUCGCUGGGAGGAGGCAGCGGACUCGGUGGAGGACACGGAGGUGGCUGGAGCUCGGGUGGACGCAGUCUCGGCGGUGGUUGGGCCUCGUCCGGCGCCGGCAAGGGCGGAUGGUCGUCGGGCGGAGGCUACGGAGGCGGUUUGAGCCAGGGAUGGUCGUCGGGUGGUAGCGGCUUCGGAGGAGGCCACGGUGGAUGGUCCUCGGGCGGGUAUGGCGGUGGACGUAGCCUCGGCGGAUCGGGAGGAUGGUCGUCGGGUGGAGUCAGCAAGGGAUGGUCCUCAGGUGGCGGUUACGGAGGUGGCGGAUACGGAGGUGGCAGCGGAUGGUCCACCGGAGGAAGCGGAGGCUACGGAAGCGGUGGCUGGAGCGGUUCCAGUGGUUGGUAAACACAUCCAUACACACACAUACACUCACACACACAAACACACAACGCCCAAGAAGCACCUCCACUGCCCAAUGUUACAUCCCUUCAUCAAACUGUUUGAGGAACCGGUAAUGUCCAACUCCUCCAGCUGUUCCUGUUGAUCGAUAUUUCAAUAAAAGAAACCUGCA